AUGGAAAAGCUUGAAGAUUAAAUCUAAGGAGAUGAGAUUGAUGAAUUAGACCAUAUUUCAAGAGUGGCUUUGCUUAUAGAUGAUCUUAGCAAUGAAGAUCCCCAUGCCAAGCUUCAUUCAAUCUAAAGACUUACUCAAAUCGCUUAAUUACUAGGACCUGAACGCUGCAUCGAUGAACUUAUUCCUAUGUUGACUGAAUUGAUCGAUAGAAUUGAUAAUAACCCUGAGCUGAUGCUGAACCUGGCAGAUUAACUAGGAAAGCUUGCUGAUUACCUAGGUUAAGAGGCUAAUUCAGUGCAUUUAUUGAAACCCCUUGAACUGAUUUUAUCAUCUGAUGAUUCAGUAGUGCGGGAAAAGGCAGUUGCUUCCUUGAAAAUUGCAGGAGAGAGAAUCAGUUCAGAGACAAUCUACACAGAGUAUAUGCCCCUUGUUAAGAAGAUGAGGAAAGGUGACUUAUUUUCUAUGAGAAUAUCUGCCUGCUUCUUGUAUGCAUUUAUCUACAAAAGACUUGAUAAUGAGAGAAAGCAAUAUACAAGAGGUAAAUUUGAAAAAUUAUCCAAAGAUGACACUCCAAUGGUAAGAAGAGGGGCUGCCUAAUCUUUAUCAAUCCUUGCUGACUCCUUGAAUGAUUAAGAACUUGCAAAAACUUAUCUGCUUCCAAUUUUGAAAGCUUUGCUCUCAGAUGAUAAUGAUUCUGUUAAAAUUCAAGCUGUUGGUGCUUCUGUUAAGGUAGCAAAGUUAAUUGAUGAUUAAGCAGUUGUUAAGUCUGAAAUUAUUCCUCCACUUAGAACUGCUGUAGACAAUAAAAUGGUCUCAUGGCGACUCAGAUUCUCAGUAGCUGAGAUAGCUGCUGAUUUGGCAGGAUAGGUAAGCAAGGAAAUAGCUGACACCGACAUUAUUGGAUAUUAUGAAACACUUAUUCAAGAUAAGGAGCCAGAAGUCAGAUCAGAAGCAGUUGCUAAGUUACCUGAGCUUGCUAAAAAUUGCAGUCCCUCUGCUAUUGUAGAGAGAAUUCUACCUAUACUUAAUUCGUAUACUGUCAACGAUCAAUCUAUGCAUGUUAAGGGAUCUCUUGCUCUGACCAUCUGUGAGUUAUCUAAGUAUAUUGGAUAGAAAAAUACUUUAGAUUUUAUUAUUCCACCAGUUACCUAGCUGCUAAAAGAUUCACCAACAGAGGUUAAAAUCACUUUGAUGACUCAUAUGAAGACAUUAGCUGAAAUUAUUGGAGAUAAAGAAUUCGAUAACCAUAUUAUUCCUGGAAUUAUAUCUUUAUCCACUGAUAAAAUAUGGAGGGUGAAAUUGGCAGUCAUUCAAUUCAUACCAAAUUUGGCAGAGUUUAUUCCAGCCUAACUUUUCUAGGAUAGACUUGAAUCACAUGUGUUCGGCUGGUUAAGUGAUCCCGUGUUCCAAGUCAGAGAAGAAUCAAUCUAGAUCUUAAUUAAAUUAAAAGAAAAAAUAUUUGACUAGAAAUGGCUUGAAGAUAAUAUAGAGAGAAAAUGCCAAGAAUUCCAUCAACAUGAGAAGUUUGGCAUUAGAAUUCACACCAUCUUUUUAAUUUCAAAGGUCGCUGACAAUGUUUCACAAGGAUUUUUAAACGAGAAGUUGAUUCCUUAUCUUGUAAAAUUAGGCAGAGAUCCCGUUCCAAACAUCAGAUUUAAUGUUUCAAAGGCAAUUGAGAAAUUGUAUCCAAAAUUAACAAAUAGUAAUAAAUUGAGCUGCCAAGAAGUCUUGCAAGAAAUGGAGAAAGACGAAAAAGAUUUUGAUGUGAAGUAUUAUGCUGAAAAAGCAUUGAAAGCUUUUAUCAUUUGA